AUGCGGAAAAAAGUCCCACUUUCGCCACCAGUCUGUACUGGUGGGGUUUUCGAAUAUGCGGCCUCUUACGUUGAAGGUUUGAACUGGCGAAGAAUAUCCACCUCGUGCUCCUUAUCUGAAACUGACCAGAUUUCCCUUCUGUGCGUCCUCUUCAUAGGUCUUGCCAUACUUUGUAUCCUUGUCCUGUCGGAUUUCUCCGUGUUAAAACUGUAUCUACUACACUGGAAGUGCCAUUCUUCUCGCAAUCGAGCCCCCUCACUUUGUCAACCUGCCAAUGAAACCCUACUGCCUACUGAAAAAACUAACUCCAAAGAAUCUUUGUCCCAUAUGUCGAUCGGAGUCAUGGUCAACUUCAAUGGGAAACUGUCAUACUUGCCUUACGUCACGCAGAUGUCAACGCUCACUUCGUCUGAGGCACACAGAGGGGCAAAUUCAACCGCAUCGUUAACCGUUCAGAGAUCUCUGAUUAGCCUAGAAUCGUGUAUUGGGAAGAAUGGAGUAGGGUUUGGAGACGAAGAAGACAGAACGGGCAUACCUCCAGUUCCACCUCAACCCCUAGAGCGGAGCAAGCGAAUUCGAGCGCCCCUUGUUCUCAUCACUCUGCUUACCACCGUCGCGCUAAUGGCUGGUACGGCUUACACAUGCUUUUUGGCACAAAGGAUUGAAACUACGGCUUGCGGGUUAACAAAACACGCCAAGAAGGUCGUGAUCUCUGCAAAGUUGCUCACGAACUCCCUAAUUAACGAAGCCUACACUAUCAUUAUUCGGGUGAUAGGGGAAGACGUCUCACCAAGCAAUGCGAACAGCUACCUCCGACCGUUUGUUGAAGAAAUGAAGCACAUAUUCGGUAAUCAGGCGAUGCGUUUGUAUGCAAUGGCUAACGAUCACACUCCCUCCAACGACUGGUUAUGCCAGCAAACUGCCUCCAAUCUGCAAUAUUUCGGCACCUUCCUCCACCGCCUUUCCUCUUUAUUUGCUGUCGCUCCCGUACUCAGCAGUGACAACAUUAAAGCUGCAAGGGAUAUUUCCUACUCCUAUAUUCACGAACUGGCACGCCUGGCUCCACAUCCACUUUUCACGACUGUCUCAAAUAAGACACUUAUGUGGCGAACUAUUCAAAUUCUAAAUUACACCGCAGAAGAGCUCUGCAGACAGCACACCUCAUAUUUUCCGACAUGUGCUGAUGUUGAAUCUCACUUUGAAAUGCUUGUCAGCAAGGUUGACCCGUGGCCAAAAUUUGAAAAGGGCCGUGACAUUACCAGCGUUACCUCUUAUAUGCAGGUUCCCCGACUAUUGAACUCAAAGGCUUAUGUUAAAAAAUGGCUGCCUUUAGCUCAGGAUCCAACCGGGAAUAUUCCCUUUCUUUUUGAUGAAUUUCUUCUUCGCGAGAUUAGAAGAGCGAAGAAAACAAUAAACGAGAAUCUUGAAAAGCUGCCUCGAAAAUUGGCAAAAAAAAUGGCAAACAAGCAUUUGCAAGUGGCUCGCAAAGUCCCCGCUGUUUUGACGGGAAUCUUAACCUUAUUUUUGGCUAUUUUCUUGGUUGUUGUGUACGACAACUGUAGAUGUAGCUAUCGUUUGCAGCAUCAGCGUGAAGUUAUGGCGUGUGCGCGAAUUAAACGGUGCCCUUUGUUUUGUCUCAGGGUGGUGACAUUUUUCGCGGCAUUACUCUGCGCCACAGGAGUGGCAUUGGGCGUCCUGGGAGGUUUCGGCCAGGAUCAGAUUUGCAACAUUCUCUUCGUAAGGUCGCAUCAAGGGGAUCCUUGGCUUCAUUAUUUGUUAGAUAGAAUUUUAAGGCGGUCGCCAGCCUUGACUGAGAUACUUCGCAUCGAAAAUCUUCAAUUACAGCUGCCGAAGAACGUACUUAGCACCUUGGAUACCAAUUACACUCCAAAUACUCCACCGUUCCUUCUGUCUAUCGGUAUGAACCGCCCAGCCAACCUUACUGCCCUAUUGUACUCUGCGUGGUUAAAUAGGACGCUAUACGGGCUGUGGUAUAGAGAUGUCUGGCGCACGAUGGAGCGAGCAAAUAUCUCAUGUAGAAUUCCACGAGUACCCCUUUCUAACGUCUUCGAUCAAUUUAGAAGAGCAGUGAUGCUAGAUCAGACGUUUGAUGAUCUCUAUGUCGGCAACACCACUGAUUACCUGCCUGAACCAAUUAACGAUUAUUAUACGAGAAUAGGUCUUGCUUUGAAAGUAAUAUCCAAACGGGGUUUCACUGACGCCGAAAAAUAUGCUACAUAUUUCACUGCAAUUGGCAAUCUAAUCGCCCACUAUCAGCUAAAAUUCGAUCAAGUGGCCCAAGCGCUGAAUGUCAUUAAGGAAAACAAGAGGAUCAUUGAACCUCUACUACCCCUCAUUAAAGUUGGUGAUGUUAUUGUUAGCUACCUAUCCAAUAAGUCAAACUCUGACUUGGUUUCCCAAUUCACCAAUAACACCGCAGAGAUUUGGCUGAACUCUCGUCUUCCGAUCGAUCACUACGUUCUUCCGAUUGUGUACAAGUUACUUGACAGACUUUUCCCAUAUCCUACUCUUCGACAGACCUACAGACAGGCAUUAUCCCCUAUUUGUCCCACUGAUACCGAGAAUCCACCGCUUUUCUUAGCCUUGAGAAACUUUGGUUUUGCUCUUAGUCUUUCCUCCCUCGCCUUAUUAGUAGUUUGCGUUGUCCGCAUUUUCAUUCAGCGGUAA